CGAAAAUUACAAUGUUUAUGUAUAUGUGCAAAUAAUAAAGUUGUCGCCGGCAAUAAAGGUGUAUCUGACCUGUGAGGGAGACUGUUGGCAGUCGAUGUGGUAUUCGUACAAGUAUUUGCUCCCACUGUGCGUGCUGUACUUUCAGGGUAGCCACACUGUGCAUACACCUCAUUACCAUUGGGUCAACCUACGAAUUGUUUAAUGUUUAGGAUUUACUUACGGUUCAAAUAUCAAUCAAUCGUAUUCCAAUGGAGGAAAUCUCAAGUUUAGACUCAUUUCACACUGACGCGGAGUCAAGUGCUCGGCCAGAAUCAGAGCCACCGAAAUUAGAUGAAGACACAUCACAAGCCUCAAUAGACAAAGUCGUGGACGGUGACGUCACUAAAGAUACUGAAGAUGGCAAUAACGAAGAGGACUUCGAACAAAUUUCAGAAGGAUCAUUUGAUGUAGAUGAGCACUCAAAUGGAACUUCUUCAGGUGCACCCAAAGAUGAAGGAAGUAGCACACAGGAAAAGUUGGCUAGUGGUGCGUUCGAAGGAGAUGAGGGAGGUGGUGACGAGGUUCAAGGUGGUGGUGAGGAAGAAAAUAAAGAACCUGACACAGUGGACAACAAAACUCAAGAAUCUACAGAUUUCGAAGAGGUAGAUGCUAACGUAUCGGGUGGUGGUCAUAAUUUAGCCGCCGAUGAAUCUGAUAUGUUGGGCGAGUCUGACAUGACUUUACCGACUGCAGAAGACGAGUUAGAUGCAUCUGUAGAACCAGUUGCCAAGGCUGUUGAAGCCAUUGGAACGGAUAAACAAACUGAUAGUGUAGAUGUGGGUGAAACUGGGACAGAUUUGCAAACCACAUCUGGAGAUGUGGAUAUGCCAUCAAUCACUAACUCACCUGAAGAUGAAAAAGUUGAAAAGGGCAAUGAGAAAUCAGUUGAUGAAGAAAGUCAUGAUCUUAGUGCUGAACAGAAUGAUGUUAGCAUGGAAGCCUUGGAAGCCCUGGAAGACGAUGAACCUUGUAAUGAUAAUAGUAAACCUGAGAGUGAAGUUGGCGAAAAAAGAACGGAUGCUGAUGAAGACGCCCAAGAAGAAGACAAUAACAGUAAGAAUGAAGAUGAUGAGAUUGCUGAUGUGGGUGAUAGUACUAGCAAGCAACUUGAUGUGAACGAAGAUAAUACUGAUGCAACAGAUAAAGUCGCAGAAAUGGUUACAAGCGAAGAUCCUGAACCUGAACGAGAAGAUGAACCAGUGGAGAAUGUACAAGAACCAGAAGAUUCUGAUAUUUGUCUUAUACCCGAUGAUCCUGAGAAUGAAGUAACACAAGCUGAAAAGGAACAAGCUAUACUGGCUCGUGAAAAUGCGGAAAAAGAAGAUGCAGAGGCGCAAAAAGAAAGAGAUAAGGAAGCAGCCGCUGUAGGUAUCAGUGAAGCUGAACCAAAGUCCGUUUCUGAAAAAAAUACCUCAGCUACCAUUGAAGAUGACUCGGAAUUGGGUGAUACUGGAGUCGAAGCCAAAGCUCAAGCUGAAUCAGCUGGAGCUGAAGCCGCCGCUGAUGCUGGUAGUGGCAGCAGCGAAGAAAUGCAGUCCAACACAGCAGAAGAAACCGCUGAAGCGCCCGACGCUGAUGAACCUUUAUUAGAGGAAAUGCAAACAAAUACAACGGAAAUGGGAUCAACACAAAAAAUUAUAAUUGCAUGGAUUAUUUCAUCAACGCAAAAAUGUAUACAGUGUGAAAAUGAAAAAAUGUGUGGAUUUCGAUUUAAGAACCCCGAAAGUGGUAAUUUUGAAUAUUUAUGUGAACAAGAUUGCUGUGAUGCCAUUUUAUCUGCUAAUCCUGGAAAGUAUUUUAUUCGAAGAAAAAAGUUUCUUAUCGAAGAGCUAACUAAUGAAGCAAAAGACGUCGAUUCAACAGAUAAUGAAAUCGAUGAGAGUGCACCCAGCGAGACCGUAGAAAAAUCUGCUGUUGCAGAGAAAGAUGCAAACCGGCAUACAUGUUUACAGUGCAAGGAAGAAAAAUUAUGUAAAUAUUUUUUCCGUCAGGAUGAUGAGCACCACUAUAUUUGUAGUGAUAUUUGUUACAACCUUUUAAAUUCAGAAGAGCCUGAGAAAUUUAAAUUGAAACGACAUUCAAUACGGGUGCGGAAUAUUGGAUCUACUUUACCAACAACGGCAACGUCUUCAACAGCUGCCGCCAGUACCACUGCAGCGGCAAAGACAAAAAGUCCACGAGAUACAGGUGUUGUAGCUCGUACCUCUGCAGAAGCGGAGGCAGCACGAGUAGAGCGAAAUGCCAGUUUUAUGCGUCGCUGUGCUGAAUGCUUCAAUGAAGUAACGUUAGGUGAUAAAAAUUUACUGUGGGAAACAAUGGAUUUUUGCAAUGAAAUUUGUCUCGGCAAGUACCAACGCACAAUAGGUGCUAAUUGUCAAACAUGUCAUGGAGAAGUACCACAUCCUGCUCUUGGUAAAUAUUGUGUACGGUUCGGCUUUGACAUUCGGCAAUUCUGUUGUGCAGCAUGUUUAAAUGAGUUUAAAAAAGGUUUAAAAACGUGUUCUUGCUGCCAAAAGGACAUUUCUUCGGGCAGUGAGGGUUUUCUUGCACCAGUGGGCGACAAGGAACAAUUUAAAGAUUUUUGUUCACAGGCUUGUAUGCGUCGUUACGAUAGCAUGUGCAAUCCCAAAAAGAAACUACGUAACGAUACUUGUGCUGUGUGUAAUAACGAUAAACCAGUGCGCGUCGAAAUAAUGCUAGAUGGUAAAGAGCAUAAUUUCUGUUCAAAUCCAUGUUUUUCGGCUUUCAAAUUCGUAAGCAAUAUAGUAGCCGAUCAAUGUGCUAUGUGUUCUAAGUAUUUUGAACGCAAAGGUUCGGAGUCGUAUACAAUUUACACAGAAAGACGAACUAAAGUGUUUUGUACACGAGUUUGUCUUAAUGUGUAUAUAAUUGUUAAUCGACGUAUUGUCUCAUGUCAAUGGUGCAAAGUUAAGAAAUAUAAUUUCGACAUGAUUUACAAACAGCAAGAUGCACAAGAAAUUCUAAUGUGCUCUCUCAACUGUCUAACUUUGUACGGUGUGUCUAUUAAUGCUUUUUCACGCACUGUUGCCAAUUGUGACAAUUGCAACACUUCUGCGACACCACAAUACCAUCUCACAAUGUCGGAUGCUUCGAUGCGUAAUUUUUGCACAUAUCAGUGUGUUAUGCAGUUCCAAAGUCAAUUUGCAAGAGCACCGCUUACUUUGGAAAAUGAUUCACCAUCAACCCAACAGACCACUACAGUGACACAAAGCGGAUCUAACAAAAGCAAUGUACCUUUUCCAACUGGAUUGCCAAAAAGGGUGAAGUUGAAGAUGCCGCAACAAACGAAACCUCAAAUACAGAUCAAAAUUCCUGCAAAAACAACGCCUGCAAGUAAAAAGGGGCCUACAAUGCCAGUUAUAUCAACGGUAUCUUCUCUAGCAAGUGGUGAGACCGAAACAAUGAUUGGUAACGUAACUGUACGUCGAGGCAGAGGUAGAGGUCGAAAGUUAGAUUCCCCACCACCUUUGCCGCAAAUAACCACACCAAUGAAUGUACCAAAUCGAGGUCGACCGAGAAAGCAAAUAGACUAUACUGCGUCUCCAUCUCCACCUCCAAUGGACUUGCCACUGCCAUCAACAAGUGCAAAGUCAAUAGGAAAGCGAAGCCAGCCAAAUUCGGUCCCUAGUCAUGUUGAUAAGGGAGUUGGGGAAACGAGAAUUAUUGCUGUGCCACCAUAUCCGCCUGCUGUUCGAAAUGUGCAGACCAGUUGUAAACCACAAACCGUUACUGUCGGUUUCCAAACUACGCCGAACACGACGAACGCAGCUACACAAACUGGCAAGGAUUACUCCAAUAAGGUGUUAAUACCAAUUCCUGUGCCGAUUUAUGUGCCACAACCAAUGUACAUGUAUUCGGCACCAUUUCCGGUACCAGUACCAAUACCAUUACCAAUACCCGUACCAAUAUUUAUACCAACUACACGAAAUUCGGCUCAAGGUAUACUUAAGGAGAUAAAAAAAAUACAAGAUAAAAUGCCAGCUGAUCCAUUUGAAGCUGAAUUGCUAAUGAUGGCUGAGAUGGUAGCCGAAGAAAAACAUGAAUCUGAUUCGGAUUCAGAAGAUGAAGUAAAAACUGAACCCAGCUUAGUGCCACUACAAUACAAUAAUGAGGUACAACCUGUUGAAGUGGCUAACAAUUCAUAUGGUGAAGAAGUACUACAGAUGGCAUUAAAAAUGGCGACCGGUGAGUACGGCCAACCUGCAGUUGAUCUUGAAUCGGCAAUGACUGCUAGUGAGAUAACGAAUCCACCACCAGGUAUGGUGGGACACGAUGAUUCUAUGAGUCAUAUGAGUGCCCACCAUAUGCAACAGCAACCACACCAUAUAAUGGAAACACAACGCGGACGUGGGCGUAAACGUGGUGGUUUAACUUCACCAGUAUCACCACGAAGUAAUAACCGUUCACCGGUGAAACGUUCUAGGUUGGAUAUAGAACCAACUCAACCAACUCCGCAACCCAUACAGCCUGUGGAAAAACCCGACGCCAACAUGUGUUUGAAAUACACUUUUGGUGUGAAUGCGUGGAAGCAAUGGGUAAUGACGAAGAAUGCCGAUAUCGAAAAGAGUACAACAAGACGUCGACCGUUCAAAACGGAGCUUUUGCAAAUGACCGCAGACGAAUUAAACUAUUCUUUGUGUUUGUUUGUAAAGGAGGUGCGUAAACCAAAUGGCACUGAAUAUGCUCCAGAUACCAUAUACUACUUGGUUUUAGGCAUCCAGCAAUAUCUAUAUGAAAAUGGCAGAAUUGAUAAUAUUUUCACGGAUCCAUACUAUGAACGUUUCACCGACUGUUUGGAUGAAGUGGCCCGUAAAUUUUCAGUCCUAUAUAACGAUUCACAGUACAUUGUGACCCGUGUUGAAGAGGAACAUUUAUGGGAGUGUAAACAACUAGGUGCUCAUUCACCACAUGUCCUACUUAGUACACUCAUGUUCUUUAAUACAAAGCACUUCAAUUUAACGACGGUAGAAGAGCACAUGCAAUUAUCAUUCUCUCAUAUAAUGAAACACUGGAAACGUUCAGCACAAAAUGCUAAAAUGCCAGGAACUAGAAACGUGCUUCUACGUUUCUAUCCGCCACAAGCUGGACUUGAUGCUAACCCUCGUAAGAAAAAGGUUUAUGAACAGCAAGAGAACGAAGAAAAUCCUUUGCGUUGCCCAGUACGGUUGUACGAGUUUUAUCUCUCUAAAUGCCCUGAAAGUGUGAAAACUCGCAAUGAUGUAUUUUAUUUACAACCUGAACGCUCUUGUGUACCUGACUCACCGGUUUGGUAUUCCACCCAAGCUCUCAGUCAGGAGUCAUUACAAAAGAUGCUACAUCGUGUCAAGAUGGUUAAGGAGAUCAACAUUGCACUGCUGACGAGUUAAUACGAUGUAGUUUUGCCAAGCAACAGCAGCAGUAGCACAACUAACACCACCAACACACCCAACACUAUUAGUCAAAACCGCAGCCAUACAAACCAACAUCAGCACUCAGCACUGCAGACGGCCAUUAAUGCAUUGCGCUGUUUAUUUCCGCCUCUAGGGUGAAGCAGUGAGGUACAGCUCGACUAAAGUUCUUAUUUCUUAUUAACUGAGACAGGUAUAGUACAGGAUUGUGCUUCCGUGUACUCAACCAGUCAGUUUCAGGCAAUUAAAUAAGGAAACUUUAUUGGUACAUAUUUGCUAUAACUGAUAAAAUAUUUAAGAUUUGUUAUAUAUAUAUGUAAAAUGCACUAAUAUCAAAGUAAAAAUAGAACGAAUAAUUUUCUGAAUAUUAUACAUAUACAUAUAUGGAAUCGAUAAAAAACCAAUUAAAGAUACACACAUAAAUACUUAGUGUUUGUACGGAUAUGAAAUAUUUUUUUAUUUGUACGAAAAUGUGUUGCUUAGAUUUAGUUUAGCCAUCUGCACAAAGCAAAGGCGUGAAAAGACACCGAAAAUGGCUUUACGAAUAUGUAACUAUAAUUUUGACAAAAAAAUGGAAUCAUGUAGCAUGAGUCAGCACGUUUGCCACGGAAAUGAAUUUGAGUAGCAGCAAUUGUUUAUUUUCCAACACAUUUCAUGCAUUUCAUUAGUAAUUACAUAAAACCAGAUUUGAUUACCCGAAACGUAAAAGUGUAAAGAAAUACUAAACACAACAAGUUAUGCGUGAAAGCGUUGAUCAUUCAGUGUUUACUUAUCCACUAGAUCAGAUCAGAAAUGGCUGCAGUAUAGUUAAGAACAAUUAUAUAAAUAUAUGAUAUUUCUAAAUUAGGUAUCGGGCGCUUUUAAUUUUAAAUUUAAACAAAAAAUGCGUGUAUAACACUUUCUGCUCACAUAUAAGCUGUCUUGUGGGGGCUUUAGUGAGUUUGUUUUGUAUUUUUAAGCAUUUUAAAAACACUUCCUAUGUUAAAAAUUUAACAAAAUAAAUCAAAUAACUUCAA